CUUGGCCUUGCCCUUGGCCCGCAGCUUCAGUCCAAACAGGCUGCGCCCACAUUCCCUGGCUGCUCUCCAGCCAGCGGGAGCUGAGAGGACAAAGUCCAGUGCCUGUGAGGGCUGAAGGCUGUGCAGGGGCCUCUGUGGGAGAGGAAGCAGCAGGGAGCCUCUGAGAGCUGUGCUCCGCCAGCUCCUAGAUGCUGGGCCUCCUGGGGAGCACGACCCUCGCCGGCUUGGUUGCAGGCGCCUUGGCGGCCCUGGUGCUGCUGUUGUGGCUUCUGGUCGCCUGCCUGCACCACGAAGCGCAGGACCAGGAUGUGGAGAGGAACCUCCCGGCCGCGGCUGCAAGGAGACGCCGAGUCCGGUGGGGUCGGCCCUGGCUCUUCCCGGGCCGGGGUCGCCUGGGACACUUUCACCAUCCCCAUCAUCCUGGCCACGUGGCUCACAUGCACCACGGGGGCCUCGGCCACCACCAUGCUCACCACCACGGCCACCACCACGGCCACCACCAUGGCCGCAGAGGGCGCCACUGAAACCUGCGCUCACCAGGAUGAGCGGAUCCCGAUGUCCCAGGUGCAGAAGGGCGCCUCUCUGUGGCGAGCGCCGGUACUGUGCCCGGGUCUUGCUUGGACAGCAUCUGCAAACUGUGUCCAGCUAGCCAAGGAAGCAGACAACUGAGGGGCAUGCAGGAUGAUCCCCGUGCACGCUGCAGGAGGCUAAGGGACUGUGGCCAAAGGUGGUUUUUGAAGAUGGACUCCACCAUGUGACUGUAGCGCCUCCUGGGCACCGGAAGUGACAGCAUGGGUGUGCACUGCUGCACAGAAGAUGCCCCCUGGGCUGUCUUCUGACUUCCUCCACCUCUGGCUCCCGGGUGGGGGGUGGUGAGGUGGUGGGGUGGUGGGGUGGUGGGGUGGUGGGUGGGGAAGUGGGGUUAUAGCUGCGAGAGACCCAGGGAAUGGCCUUUCUCCUGAAAAGGCGGCAUGAGGCUGCGCAGACAAUUCACUGGUGCCUUAAUACAAGAAAAUCUAAACAACUAA